UGGGAGCGGGUACCUGUCAAGUUCAGGUACCCGCUCCCACUUCCGGUUCGAUCACCUAGGCGAUCAGAAGCAGAAGGUGUCCUCCCUCCCUGUAGUCUUUUGGGACAUGUGACAGAUCGCAGAAGACUACAGUCCCAUACAUGAAGCUCAGCGCUACUCGCGCAUGCGUAGUGGGUACUCGGCUGUAAAGCUGUCACAGCCGGGUGUCCACACUGAAGAUGCCGGCACCUGGAACACAGGACGGCCAGUGAAACGGGCUGCGAUGGAUACACCGAGG